AUGAUGAUGCCGCCCAAGCUGUGUCCGAUAAGUAUGAGUGGUCUUUCCGGGCUUGCAGUUUGGACUUUUGAUGUCCUAAGCCAUGAAUAG